CCUGAAAACGUGCAGAGAAUAAACAGAGACUCUCCAACAGUUUGCUCCUCCUAACUGAUAAAUUCUUUCUUCUACCCAUUUGUGCAUCUAACUAUUGCUGAUUUCAGAAUUCUAAGCAACCAAAAUUCUGCCAUGGCCGAGUAGCUCACGGGUUCCUUUCUCCUCUGUAAUCUCUCCAGAUAGGUCAGUUCUCAACUUUGAAUCUCAAUUUUCCUGGUAGAAAGUCCAUCACCUUGAGGGAGAAAUCGAAAAGAGUAGAUGAGAAGUUACUUGAACUAUUAUUCUUCAAUUCUUGCUUCAGACAGAAGCGGUUGGAUGGAUUGAAUUGGUAGCAACCCGCGUAAUCGUUCUUUUUCCAAUACCCACUUCGAUGGCGAACAGAGGAUCUGUUAAUGAGUUUCUGUUCAUGAAAAUGGUACCUUUUGUUGGUUUUCUCUGGUUCUCUAUCAGUGGCUUCAUGUUUUAUCUGAUCCGUCUCGUAAGCAGAUAUGUAUUCAGAUUUCAAAGAGAAGAUGCUUCUAAGAAAGAUGAUUCUAAUUGCUCAACUGUCGAACCUGCAAUUUCCAAAUUUGAGGAUUCUGAGUCUGAUGAAGAAGCAGAGGAAGAUACCCCAAAGUUCUCUUUCAAGUUUCAGUAUCAGAAUGUACAAACCCAAAGUGGGAAUGAAGAGAAUGAAGAAUCCAAAGGCUCUUUAGCCACUGACCAGAAGUGCCCGACGAUGAGAACUAGUAAACGCCAGUUCUUGUCGGGAAAGGAUUUCCACGGAUUCAUGGAAGAACCAGAAGUUUUGAGCUUUACUGUGAAGGAAUUAUUUGCGGAUUCAAAAGAUCUUCUGCAACUUAAUUCAGAGACGAAAACUGUUCAGGAAGAAGUAGAGGACGAAGCCACUGAUUCUCACUGUAAAACAUGGGAAACAGGGGAAACAGAGGAAACAGAGGAUGAGACUCUCACAGAAGAACAGCUCCCUGGCAAGGAUGGGUUAGUCGUUUCUGAAUUAAACCUGCAGAGUAAGGAAGAUGUCCCUACAGAAAUUCAGUUCCUGGGUGAAAAAGACUCUUCCGCUUUAGAUUCGGAAACUGAAUCUAUCAGUUCGAAUGAUGAGUUCUCACUCCAGAAUCAUUUUCUCGAUCCAAAGGAUGGGUAUUUGUCAGAUAUCGAUUUUGAGAAACCAUCUCUACAGACCCCUUUACAGAAUUCAAAUAUAGUGAGUACCAAAACCAUGGAUACCAAAGAUGAAUCAGAAGUUCUCCAUUUGCUAAAUUCAAGAAUUGUGGACAUUGGAAUUCUUUGUGAGAGCGACAUCGAGGAGGAAGAAGAAGAAGAAGACGAAGAAGAGAAAAAAACAGAGUAUGUUGGUGGAAAAGAGAAGGAAGCAAUGGACUAUGGUUUAGUUAAAAAUGAAGAACCCAAUACCAAUAGGAAGAAUAUGCAGGAGAAGUCACAAUUGCGAGCACUUGAAGAAGGAAACGAAUUGGAAACACAGUGGGAACACCAGAAUCUGAUAGAACAGCUGAAGAUGGAACUGAAGAAGUUGAGAAAUACAGGACUUCCCACCAUAUUAGAAGAAUCAGAGUCACCAAGGGUGAUGGAAGACCUGAAGCCAUGGAAGAUGGAUGAGAAGUUGCUUCACGAGGAUCGAAUGGAGGAGCUCCACAAGUUCUACAUGAGCUACAGAGAGAGAAUGCGCAAAUUGGACAUCUUCAAUUACCAGAAGUUGUACGCAAUAGGCUUCCUCCAGGUGAAGGACCCACUACAGUCAAUUUCCAACAGAAAGUCUUCCAAUCCUAGAAUCUCAAGCAUUUUAUCCCAGGAUUUCUGGAUGAGCAAACACAGAAGAGCUAAAGUAGACCCAACCGUAAAGUUCAUUGGAGAGUUGCAGAGCGAUUUGGAAAUGGUUUAUGUGGGACAGAUGUGCCUCUCUUGGGAAAUCCUCCAUUGGCAAUACGGAAAGGCCCAAGAAUUGCAGGAGUCUGACACUUAUGGCAUCCAUAGAUACAGUAAGGUUAUUGGUGAGUUCCUACAGUUUCAGGUGCUCACCCAAAGAUUCAUGGAGUAUGAAGCCUUUCAAGGUCCCAGGGUUCAAAAUUAUGUCAAGAAUAGAUGCGUUCUUCGUAACCUUAUUCAAGUUCCGGUCAUAAAAGAGGAUUCUUUGAAGAACAAGAAGAAAACAAGAAGGGGUGAUGAAGAUGGGAACACAACUGCAAUGCUGACGGAGACCAUUGAUAAGUCAAUGAGGAUAUUCUGGGAGUUCAUUAGAUCUGAUAAGGACGAAGCUAGCAUGAUUUUAAAGGGCCUUUGGAGAACUCAGGUUGAACUCCAGAACCCUGCAGAUUUGAAUCUUCUCACAGAAAUACGAACAAAUAUCCAAAAGAAGGAGAAGAAGCUCAAAGAUAUAUUGAGAAUUGGGAACUGCAUAGUAAAGAGAUUCCAGAAGAGGCAAGAAGACAGAUCAGACCUGAUAUUGUUCUUCUCUCAGGUUGACAUGAAGCUGAUAUCUAGGGUUCUGAACAUGUCAAAAAUAACAAGUGAACAACUGGUUUGGUGUCAUAAGAAAUUAAACAAGAUUAAUUUUUUAGAUAGGAAGAUUCAUAGAGAACCCUCAUUUUUGCUUUUUCCAUGUUGAGAUUGUUUCUCUUGCUAAUAAUAUAUGACAGAUCUUUCAUGUGUAGAUCCAUGGACAUAAACAAAUAAUCCACAAAGAUAUUAUGUUAUAUAUCCACCUGAUUGCCACC